AUGCGACCAACACACUUCCUGAGGCACGGCCCUCGAAGCGUCGCAAAACCCCACUGGCCUGCAACUGCUGUCGCAUGCGCAAGGCUCGCUGUGACGGCAGGCGUCCAGUUUGCUCUCCCUGUGAAAGACGUGACUCGGGAGAAGAUUGCUUCAAACCAUCGGCCAAAGUCCUCAGCACAUCGCGAAGAUGACAUAAUAGAAGCGUCCCGCUGUGCCGAUGUUCUUGUCAGGUCUACAACGCACAGUGGAUCCACAAUUUGCAUGGCAUCCAACACGGCUUUGUCUGCUAGUAAAACGAAAUCUUCCGAUGCGCUGGCAACCGUCUCCCCAUGUGACCGGGAUCCUGGUGUACAGUAUGGGGCAUCUUCAACAAUCGCAUUCGUUGAACGCAUACAAGUGACCCUGGGCAAAAGAAUCAGGUUUGACGAGCUAUCAAACUCCCACACAGACGAGUGCAAUCUCGAAACGCUUGGUGUAGAGCGGGCUGAACGACAGGCAAGUCAACUGUCCGGCCUUGACCUUCUCCCAGUUCGCAAGGUCGCGGACAGCUACUUGAAGUGCUUCUGGGACAUUCCGCAUUCCGUAUUCCCCAUCCUGCACAAACCGGCAUUCAUGCAGUUUUAUAGGCAUAUUUGGGAGCCAGCAACCUUGACAGAAAUGCCGGAAACAAUUGACGACCUGGUCAUGCUGGCGACAUUGAACCUUGUCCUUGCAAUUGGCUGUCGAUUCAGCGCUAUUGUACAUAUCGGAAGCCGAACUUCUACGUCGGAUCAUUUCUACCAACGUGCGAGAAAAAUUGUGUCAGUUGAUGCUCUCGAUGUGGCCUCGUUACCGGUUGUCCAGAUGCUACUAUUAACCGCUCUCCAUCUCCAGUCGACCAUGUAUUCGAGUCGGUGUUGGAACUUAGUGGGGCUUGCGAUACGAGUGGCUCAAAGUCUCGGCCUCCAUCUCGACCGCAGCGAUUCCAUAUCAAGCAAUCAACUCGAAAGAGAAAUGAGGAGACGGAUCUGGUACACAUGUGUAACAUUAGAAAGGUUAAUGUGCACAACCUUCGGGAGGCCGGCCAUGCUCACACAUAGCUCACUGGUACCGUUACCACUCAUGGUGGACGACGAGUAUCUUCUGGAGAAUGGAGAAGGUACACAGCCAGUAGCAUCAAAAUGUCGAAUAGGUGUGUUUAUACAUUCGAUCCACCUCCUGGACAUUUUGAACGAGGUGUUAUCUUCUUUCUAUCCAGGAAACGGCGGUGCACAAGUUUCCACCACUGGUAACCAUCUGGAGAGAUCCACGCCGGACAUGCACGAAAUGCUGCGACUGAAUUUGAAACUGGAUCAAUUCUUUGAAUCUCUGCCAAGGGAACUGCGACUGCAAGCUCCUUCAGAGAAUUCAGGAGUUUCAACGGUCACCUUCAGUGCAAGCACUAUCGCCAUAGCUGCACUACUAUGCUCUCCUCAGGAUGACACCAGAACCUCUGUCGACAACCCGCUUUCUCUAGCAAUGGCGAUACUUAGGCACUACGCGCCCGAAGUCGAAUCCGCAACACGGGCAAUUCAGGUCCUUGAGGGUCUCAGAAAUCGUCUACAAGAACGGGGGAAUACUGGAGCUCCGGUGCCCCAUGCGGAAGGUCAACAAACCCAAGGUACGAACGAAUCUUCAUGUCGAGGCUACGAGGUCAUGUAUGAUUCUGGUGUCGGUAAUAUUGCGUACCAUGGGCAGAGUCACGCUCCUGAUCCCCUGAGCGAGGACUGGUUCACAGGCCAGGCGCAAAAUUUUGCUGUUCAAGAUUAUCUCUAG